AUGCUUAGAAAUUUGGCCACCAGAUCUACAGGCUACUACAGACUCAAUAGCUUGCGGUCACUUUCUGCGUCAAUUGCUUCUCGGAAGGCCGUUUUUGCCUCUCCGGAUGCAGAUGCAAGUAGUGUCACAGGAAAGUUUAUUGAUGAUAUCACCAAACCAUACACAGUGACCACAUACGCUCGUCCUAAUUUGGUCAUUUCGCAUGGAAAAGGCUCUUAUUUGUAUGACCUCGAAGACAGAGAGUAUGUUGAUUUUACAGCAGGCAUUGCAGUGACUUGUUUGGGACAUAGCAACGAAGAGGUGAGCAAGAUUAUCACCAAGCAGUCACAGACUUUGAUGCACUGUUCUAACCUCUACUACAAUCUUCCUGCUGGUGAAUUGGCAAACUUAUUGGUCACGAAAACAUUGGAAGCUGGAGGAAUGCAAGAGGCUCAAAGAGUCUUCCUCUGCAAUUCCGGAACUGAGGCCAACGAGGCGGCUCUAAAAUUUGCCAGAAAAUACGCCAAGCUGAAAACUCCGACCAAGACUGAAAUCAUUGCAUUCACCAAUGCUUUCCACGGCCGGACCAUGGGGGCAUUGUCCGUCACUGCCAAUCCAAAGUAUCAGGAGCCUUUUUCUCCGUUGAUACCGGGUGUCCACACAGCAGAAGUUGGCAACAUCGAGUCUGUCAAGCAAUUUAUUAGCAAGGAAAGAACUGCAGCAGUCAUAAUUGAACCUAUACAAGGUGAGGGUGGUGUCAAUACUGUGGCUAGUGAAUUUUUGGUGGAAUUGAAAAAGCUAUGCGAGGAAAACGACGUGGUACUCAUUUACGAUGAAAUCCAAUGUGGCUUAGGCCGUACUGGCAAACUAUGGGCCCAUUGUGAUUUGCCUAAAGAAGCUCAUCCAGACAUUCUCACCAUGGCGAAAGCUCUAGGAAAUGGGUUUCCAAUUGGUGCAACUAUGAUAAGCGAUAAGAUUGAAAACGCUUUGCAAGUAGGAGAUCACGGAACUACUUACGGUGGAAACCCAUUGGGCGCCUCCAUCGGUUCUUAUGUUGUGAGCCAAGUCAGUGACAACGAUUUUUUGAAAAAGGUGGAAUCAGUGAGUGAACUUUUUGUUACCGGUUUGGAGAAGAUGGUUCAGGAAUACCCGGAGCACGUUGAAAAAGUGAAAGGAAAAGGUCUCUUGUUAGGCUUGCAACUCAAGCCAAAUGUGGAUGCCAAUAAUGUGGUGACGAAGUGUAGAGAAUAUGGUUUGCUUGUCAUUACGGCCGGCGGAAACGUUAUCAGAUUGGUUCCAGCAUUGAACAUUCCAGCUGAUGUUGUAUCCAAGGGUUUGGAGAUAUUGGCCAAAGCCAUCGGAGAAACCGUAGGUACACUGAAAAAGAAUUAA